AUGAGUGGUAAAGCGGAUGAUGAAGCAAAAUCUUCACUUGUUGGCAUACCUCUUGAACUCAUCGAGAAAGUCUGCGAUUAUCUCGGAUAUAAAGGUAUACAGAAGUUUCGAUUAACAAGCAAGACUUGGGCGACAGCUGGAAUGAGAAAACUCGUUCAAAGUUUGAUCGUUAUAUACACUAUUGAGAGCUUCGAAAAAUUACGCAAUAUCUCGAAACACCCCGAGCUGUCGAAGUUUGUUAGGAUCAUACACUAUGCGCCAAGGAUUUUGGAGACGAAUGCAACGGUCCGUUAUCGCUACAAGUAUAACGCAGUUGCAGAAGCGCCUUCCUGUGUUCCACGUACGGAUCUGGAAAGGCUACGGAGCUCCCCUGGCUGUAUAGCUUUUAAUCAGAUGUUCGAGAAACAGCGUUCAAUGAAGAGGGGAGAAUAUAGUAGAAGGGCAUUCUUACAAAUAUUGCCAAAUUUCACUGGCUUGAUAGGUUUUCGCGUGGACCCACUCUGCCAUUACCAUCAAAGUCUGAGUUUCUACUCCAGUUUUGAACCUGGUGAAAGUGCUCUAGUGGACGUGGACACCGAUGAGUUUCGCGAAGAAGCUCUAGUAUUUCUUGCCGCCGCGGUUAAGGCUGGCACGAAGCUGCAGUAUUUGCACCUUGAUAACGUAACCUUUAAUAUGCUGUCUGGCGUUUCAAUCGACGCAGGUACCAUAUUUCAAGGAUUAGAUAGAAGAUAUCUUCGUCACCUCGAUAUUAGUCUAACAAUAUAUUCAGCGGAUGAUAUCAGCAAUGCUAACUUGGUGGGAUUGCUACAAAAUAGCUUAAAACUUGAAUACCUUGCCCUCACAGUCAGCUCGCCUUGGUACGAAUUUUCCCAAGGCUGGAGCGAUGUCACAAGGAGUGUGACAUUGCCAAAUUUGAAAACCCUAAAGAUUUACGGUACGUUGAGUAAAAGUAGUACUCUUGCUGCUUUUCUCAAGAGACAUGCUAGGACCCUUAAAUCUUUACAGAUGACGUCGUACUACUUGCAUGACGAUGUCAAAUUGUGGUCUGAGAUUUUCGAUGCAAUCCAAAAUGAUAUGGAUCUUCAUGAGGUGGAUCUUAGAGGCGGUGUAUUCUCAAGGAACUUUUAUUCUAGCCCUGCUAUCCCGCGCGGUGUUGACGACGUAUUUAUUGAUUUGGAGCACACCUAUUUGGGUCACAGUUUUGAGUCAUUAUUGGAAGACCGCCUAUUGAACCGGAAUGUUUUGGCGCAAGAAUGCAAGCUCACCCUGAAAGAGCUUUGGGAAGGGUAUGUUGACUACGUAACAGCCAAUGAAGAAGAGCCGUUGACAAGACGCCGAGUAUGUCACUCGGCAAUUGCAUGGAAAUGGGAAGAUGAUGAGAUAGAAGAUGGCGAAUGA